GGGUGGGGCGGGCCUGCGAGAGGAGGCAGAUCUGGGCCCAGGCCUGAGGGUCCGAUCCAGUUUUGCCCGCGGCUGGGGGCGGUCGAGGCGCCGCGGUCCGGCGGCUCGCACAGCGGCUCUCAGGGCGUCCGGCCCUCCGGGGUGUAUUUCUGGCUGCCAUGGCCGCCCUCGGCUUGCGGGCCUUCGGGACAAAGGGGCUCGGCUGGCUCCGGCGCAACCCGUGGGCCCCGCUCUCCGCCGGCUUCUGCAGCAGGGGGCCCGGGCCGCGACCCACCAGCGCGCGGCAGCGGGAAGGCAUCAGGAACAUUGUCUUGAGUGAUCCAAAGAAGAGGAACGCGCUGUCAUUAGCGAUGCUGAAAUCUCUCCAAAGUGACCUUCUUCACGAAGCGGAGAGCAAAGACCUCAAAGUCAUUAUCAUCUCAGCGGAGGGGCCUGUAUUUUCUUCUGGGCAUGACUUAAAGGAGCUGACGGAUGAGCAGAGCCCGGAUUAUCAUGCCGAAGUAUUUCAGACCUGUUCUGAGGUCAUGAUGCUGAUCCAGAACCACCCGGUGCCUGUCAUCGCCAUGGUGAACGGCUUGGCCACCGCCGCCGGCUGUCAGCUGGUUGCCAGCUGUGACAUUGCCGUGGCGAGCGACAAGUCCUCUUUUGCCACUCCAGGUGUGAACAUUGGGCUCUUCUGCUCCACCCCUGCGGUUGCCUUGGGGAGAACAGUGCCGAGAAAGGUCGCCUUAGAAAUGCUUUUUACUGGGGAGCCCAUUUCCGCUCAGGAGGCCUUGCUGCACGGGCUGCUCAGCAAAGUAGUGCCAGAAGAGCAGCUGGAGGAAGAGACCAUGCGAAUCGCAAAGAAGAUUGCCUCCUUGAGCCGUCCUGUGGUGUCUUUGGGCAAGGCCACCUUCUACAAGCAGCUGCCCCAGGACCUUAGAACAGCCUACUACCUCACCUCCCAGACCAUGGUGGACAACGUGGCCCUGAGGGAUGGGCAGGAGGGAAUCAAGGCCUUCAUCCAGAAGAGAAAACCCAUCUGGUCACAGGACCUGGUGAUGUUCUUUCUGACCGCUAUUUUACUCAAUAUCAUGCCUGGUUACUGUGAGAAGAGGUUCCACUUAGAAACCAUCCAUCUUUGCAGCAGGAAAGAGCUCAGUGAUAACGCAGCGUCAUUAGGGUUCUCUGAGAACCAGAACGAGUAGGACAGUUGGACAGACAGAGAUCUUUAGAAAGAGAUGAAUCAUGAGGAACUGGCUCAUGCCCUUGUGGCAUCUGAGGGGGUCCCACCGUCUGCAGUGGGCAAACUGAGGAGCCGGCAGGCCUAGAGCUGGUGAUGAAGUUCACGGCCGGAGAGCCACGUCCGAAGGCCUGAAGCAGGAGCUUCUCAGGGCAGGAGAAGACGGACUGUCCGGGUUCCUGCAGUCACGCAGGACGUGAGAGAACCUUCCCUGCCUCCUGCUUUUUGUUCCGCUCACGCCCUCAACUGAUUGGAUGAGUUCCGCCCAUCUGGGGAGGGCAGUUCACUUUACUCAGUCUACCAGUUCAAAUGCUGAGGUCUUCCCGGAACCCUCACAGCCGCCCUCCAGAAUUAAUGUUUAACCAGCUACUUGGGCAUCCUGUGGUCCAGUCGGGUGGACACAUAAAAUUAACCCUCACGGUAUCUGUGUUUGUAUAUGUACAGCCCAGCCCUGGAAAGGUACACUCAAAACGGAUAAUGGUGUUUGCCUCUGGGGAGAACACCCGCGGGGAGGGGGACUGGGGUCAGGGUGAGAGAGAGACUCACUUUUGCACUGCGUACCCUUUUGUACUGUUCACAUGUGUUGCCGUUUUUAAACACGUGUACAUAGUACCACAUUCAAAAAAUUAGAAUAGUCACAGGCACCCAGGAUAUGCUCUGUGGGAGGCAGACUGUGAGGGGAAUGUCGUGUGCACAAGGUAUUCAGGAAGAGCCUUGAGAUGAACAGCUGUGGGAGACAAGCAGGAACAGGCAGAGGCAGAAGUCCAGGGGCAGCUGACCUGGUAAGCUCCGCAGCCAGCACAGCCACCAGCGUUCUUCCCCCUGGGCCAGAAUGGCAGGAACCAUCACACCUGUCUCUGCUGGUCCCUGGGUGCAGGCUGUGGUGGGAAGGGCAUGAACCUGGUCCAGGUGACUACUCAUAGCCAAGGUACCCUCUGCAGGGUGGCGGCCAAAGGCAGAAGUUGGGACAGCACAUCCUUCCCCAGAAACGGAAUCUAGGUGACAUGUCUGCAUGUCCCCCACAGGAACAAUAUAUACUCAUUAUAACAUGGAAACAGUUAUGAUGUAGUCAGAGGGGGAAGAAGGACACACAUUUGGAUCUAUAGCAUGUAACAAUUAGGCAAAGCAAACAAUAAAAAUAAUUCUGGGGGCACCUGGGUGGCUCA